CAAAGGUCAACGUGGGUGUGUCCAAUGUGGGUGUGUCGGUCACAUGUGUGAGUGCAUCUUUUCAACCAAGACAAAGCUAAAGAGACAAGGCUUUGAACUUGUUGGGACCGUGGAAUACUUGGACCUAUCAUAUUUGCACAACUGAAAGAGAGUACUUCAUUUAUAACGCGAGUUAAACGGUAAGUUAGCCUUACAAAAUUUGAGAGGAGGUGGUCAUGAGUCUGUCUGACGCUGAGAUCAUCGAGGAGGAGGAUGAAGGACACGUCGUGUCAGAGAGAGUACAGACUUUGGCCAAGGGCAUUUACGAUGAGCUACAGAGUCUAGUGGAGCAGUUUGGUGGUGAGAGCAUUGGUAAUAUCAUGCCUCUGGUGGUGAAUGUACUGGAGAAUCUCGACUCUUCUCUCUCUGACAACCAAGACCACCUCACUGCAUUGGACGAAUUGAACGAGGAAAACCAGCAACUGUCAAAACAGUACCAACGAGAGAAACAGAGACGAAAGGAAGCAGAGGAGAAAACAAUGCGCCUGGAGGAUGUGAGUGAGCUGGAGGCGAGGGAACUCAAAGACAAGCUCUCACGUCUCUCACAAGACAACAGGAACUUCGAGUUAAAGUUUAAGAGCCAAAAGGAACAGAUUGAUCGUCUAGAGGAUCGUUGCGAGUCAUUCAAGAAGGAGAGCUCAGAUCUCCACAACAGAAACAUCGAUUUGGUCAAGAAACACCAAGUACUAAAAAAAGAGUCCACUCUAAAGAGAGAUAGAUCCGAUUCAAGAACUAAGUCUACUGAUGAAGUGCCCGCAUCUCCGUUGACAAAUCGGGCGCCUGGGUUUCAAGAUUUCAUGUCCCCCCAACAAGACAGCAAGAAGAAGAGACAACUGCCCAUUGCACCGAGACGACGCCCACGUGCUGAGUCAGCAGACGAGGAUAUUAUGUUUCUUGGGACGACUCCAGCCAACCGACCAGAUUCUCCCGAGUACAUGCCUCGAGGCGGAGGAGGGGGUUGGGAGAGCGAGCAUCUAGCCAAUCAGAUGAGCCUAUAUGACGAAGCUGCUCGUAAAGAUGCAGAGUCUGAUGACACACUGGAUGAUGAACCUGAAGAUUUGUACCAACCAGGUGAGGAGGACUUUGACCCCAACGAGGAGAACUUACUAGCGGAGCUCCACCUAGCAACCAGCGGUAGCAAUGCACCCGGAGUGGAUCAGAUCAUUAUAGACAAUGAGAAACUUAUGCUGGAAAAGAGUGAAUUGUCUCUGGAAAUGGACCAUCUCUUGGCUCAAAUGAGGGAACUUGAAUUAGACAAGGCGACUGCUGAGUCCUCAGCCUCCGCUCUGCAAGAGCAAAAGAAUUCCGUCUCGGCUCGCGUCACUGAACUAGAGGUCGAAGUUCGAAAAUUACGUAAAGACCUUGAGGAGGAACAAGAAAAGCCUUCAGUGAUACCGGGGGAUGUUAGCGGAGAGCGUCUGUCGAGGCUGGAGGUGGCCCGUGUGCUGAGGGAGAGAAAUGAGUACAAAGAGAAGUACCUCUCACUAUUGGAACAGAUUAGGAUGAGUGACGAGUUGGCUCUGUUUAAGUCCAAGGGCAAGAAAUCAAAGUGGCUCGACUAUUUUGCAGCCAUUUUUAGUCCGGCCAAGCGUCGAGAGAUGGAGAAGAGUUUUGAUGGCACUCCUAGGCGUCCAAUCAUGUCAGGGCAAUCCCCCUCGGCAGCUAACGAUACUGAUGGAGGGGGCUUCCCCCAUGCAGUAGGGUACAGAAACACCGAAAUUAUCCCAGUGCUGCGGAAAACUGGACGGAGACAAGAUGAAAUGUACAUGACGUCUGUUAGUUGGGUGAUACCAGCACUUGAUCAUCAGUCUGAGAAGGAGGUGGUUCAGACCACACCCACUACACCAAGCAUCAACACGUGCCGACCAAUGAGCCAUCAAGAAGAUGGUGCCAAGGUAUUGUGUGCAGCUGCUGUAAACCCGGCUGUGUUCCUAUUCGACCACCAACACGCUAUUAAAAUACGUAAAGAGACCUCCCCCGGCCCAAAUGGAGGCAGAAAAGAGAGAAGAAGCAAUGGGGGCGACCAGGAAGCAUCCAUCUCCCUCGUGUGGGUGGUGACUGGUGUCCCUAAUCUGACAAAGGUUGACAAGCCGGGUAUGGGCUCUGUUUACUUGUCACUGCCGACACAAGUGAGUGUGCUGGACGUGGCUGCAGUGGGUGAAGUGGUGGAGACCUUCCCAGUCUGUGCUAGUCCCAUCCAGUGCAUUACCUCUGUGCCUGGGUUUGAUGAGAAUGAUCCAGACGUUAUCGCAGAUCUGUCAACUGCUCGUCGCAAGGUACCCCCUCAAGAGGUCCAGAACACUCUCAACACUCGACCUUCCUCCAAACUGGCCACCAUGUGGAUGGGGUCAGACACCGGAGUUCUAUAUGUCCAUUCUGCCGUCUCCCUGUGGAACAAGUGUAUCCAUGCCGACAAGCUACCAGCUGGCAUUCAGGACAUAGUACACCUCAAAGGAAAAGUGUACGUUCUCCUCCAAAAUGCGAAAAUGGUCGUCUUUAGGCGUUUCCCAGACGGCGACUGGGACUGGGACAACUACUCCAUUGUAUUACUAAGUCAGCACAAAGACCUCCCGUGCACGGCAUUGGCAGCCGUACACUUCAACGUGUGGUGUGCUGUGGGCAACUCCAUCCACGUGGUCCACUCCCACCUCUUCAAGAUGGAGGCGACCAUCCCAGUCCACCAAAACAAGCGUGCCGAGGUGACUCAGAUGGUGGCAGUGGGUGAUGGAGUGUGGCUCUCCUUCAAGUAUGACUCCAUUCUGAGACUCUUCCACGCGGCCACCUACACUCACAUACAAGACCUAGACGUGGCUCCAUCUGUACAGAGAGUCCUCGUGUUUGGGAGUGAGAAGCGGUCCUCUCAGAUGCCCAUACAGAUCUCAACCAUAGUCCCCGCCCACAACUCCCUCUGGGUUGGCACAGAAAACGGAGUCCUCCUCACAUACCCCUUCACUGCACCCACACUAGUGGCCGAGGAAACAGGCUGGGAACUCAUCAAGGAGGCUGAGGUCAAAGGUCGUGUUGUUCCCGAGCCAUUUGAUUUAAAAAUGGAGCAUGCAGUGGAGGCAGGGGAAGUAGGGGAGGUGGCAGGUCCACUGGAGGAGAGCACCGACUCAAGCAAACUGUCCACUGCCGGCUCCCAAAGUACACGAUCCUCAGAGUCCCCUCUUCCCCCAUCCAAACUUAAACACACCACUCAGACCCGGAAACCCUUCAAUCCAUUCUGUAACGUUGACCAGGUACAGAUAUCCAUCCACUGUCAUAUCAACGCUGUACGGAGCAUGGUGUGCGUGCCUGGAAUCGUCCCUAAAGAUGUUGCCAUGUACGAGCCUCUUGGUGGCGUGUUCAUCGGUUCAGGAGAUUCUAAAACCAAGCCUGCACUUUUCAUAGUCAGCUGUGGAGAGGGGCAUCUUGACCUUCGAACUGCUGACAAGGUAUUACAAACCCUCCAAGCCAAAGAAACUGGUCAAACUGGUUUGCCCAGCCCAGCCUCUAUCCUGAGCGAUAAGAACUAUAUUAUGGUCUGGGACAUAAACUCAUAGCUUGUUUAUAAUUAUCAUGAUACUUUUGUGCUCGUUAUCAUAAUUAUUUAGGUUUUAUAUAUUAUUGUGUAUUAUUGAUACAGUUUAUAAAAAAUUCUUUAUUCAGU